AUGACUAGCCGACGACUGUGCGGGGGUGGACAAAUUGUGCCGUUGUAUAACUGGUAUAAUCACCUGAGUCAGGAAGAAAAGAAGUAUGGUUAUCUAGUGAAUGGAUCAAAGAGCUGGCUGAUUGUGAAGUCGGACGUACUUGCAGAUGAGGCAAAGGGGGUGUUACAACUGAAGGUCGGCGCGACUUAGGGGCCGUCGUCGGAUCUCAAGAGUUCAAAGAUCAGUAUUGUCGGGUAAAGGUCCUUGGAUGGAAAGGAGAACUCGAAGCACUAUAUGAGAGAGCAAGGAGCCAGCCUCAUGCAGCCUACACUGUUUUCACGAAGGGUUACAAAUCUAAGUUUACCUAUUUCAUGCACACAAUAGAGUCGCUUGGAGAUUACGUUAACCCUAUCCAAGAGGCGAUCGACGACUUACUUUUCCCAACACUAUUCGGUCAAAUGGAACCCCUCCCUAGUGAUCUGCGUCAGCUGGUGACUUUGACACCCACUCAAGGAGGGUUAGGCCUACCCGACUCUCGGUUUGAAGCUCCACAGCAGUUUGCUGCUUCUACGUAA